AUGCAAGCCGAAAAUCGUUGUGAUCGUCAAGAAAGAGCCGUUGGUGCUUCUCCAAGCAAAUAUGCCGAAUUUUUUAGUGUUAGUCCUGGAGAGAGUGAUAGUGAUAAUAUCAAUUACAUUCCAACUACUCUUGGCAAAAAUCGAUGCUGGUUAAGAGAUGAUCCUGGUCACGACAGUAGCCGACGAAUACAAAUGUUUAAAAUAUGUAUAUUGAUUUUGAUACCAUGUAUUGGCCUUGCUGUUAGCACGAUUAUUACCUUACUUGCCGAUGCCACUGAAUAUAGAAAGACUACCGAACUGAGUAAUGAAAUUAUUGCUAGUAUCAAAUUAGGAAAUUUAAUUCACUACUUACAGAUCGAACGUGGACAGACAGUACUUCUAGUUAGCUCAAAGUAUGAUAAAAUAGUGUUUGUCAAUGUCGUUAAACGCCGAUUAGAAACGAACAACGCCAUCAAAGAGGUCGAUCCAUGGCCGAUAAAUGACUCGACAUCUAGCUAUUUAUCCAAUAGUACUAGUUUACGUAAUUAUUUAGAUGCUCAUCGUGAUUCAGUUGUUGAUAUGGCAAACACAACCAUUGAUAGUGAACUAAAAUUUUAUUCUGAUGUCAACAGAGAAAUUUUAAAUUGGAUAUCUAGGCGAUUACGCAAUGCAAGGACAGAAAUUUUAUGGAAUAAUUUAGUCUCAUAUCAGUUGUUUUUAAGCGGUAAAGAAGAAACUGGGAUUGAACGCGCUCUUGGUGGUGUCUAUUUUUCACAAUCACAACUAAGUCAUUUACAAAUUCUCCAUUAUUAUUCUAGAUUACAGCGUGGACAAAUGAGUAUUAACUCUUCACGUCAAUAUUCAACUUAUCUCGAUAAUCUCUAUAAGGUCUACGUAUUAAAUGCUAGUGUAUAUGAUCAAUUGCAAAUGCUACGCAAAGAUAUUAUUGCUAAUACAUAUCAUCAGCCAUCAGUUACAUAUGCCUCUUACUGGUUUGAAAAUAUUACAAUGUAUAUUGACCAACUCAAAACAAUUCAAGAUCUAACUGCAUAUUACAUUCAAGCUGCAUCGAUAAGAAUUGGCAAUGCUGCUUACGUUAAUUUUGUCAUGUCUCUAAUAUUGUUGAUUGUGGUUGCGAUUGUAUGCCCGCUUUUAAUUUAUUUUAUAUCAAAAUUAUUAAAUCAUAUACAGUCAUACGCCAUUAAUUUGGCUGAUAAAACGCGCAAACUUGAACGAGAAAGACGAAAAACUGAUAAUUUACUAUGUGAAAUGUUACCAAGAUCAGUUGCUGAUCAAUUAAAACGUGGUAACCACGUUAUUGCAGAAUCUUACGAUAAUGUUACACUCUACUUUAGUGAUAUAGUUGGCUUUACUAAUAUUUGCCAUCAUAGUACUGCUCUCGAGGUAGUCAAUAUGCUUAAUUAUAUUUACAUCAAUUUUGAUAGUCAAAUUGAAAAAUACAAUGUCUAUAAAGUGGAAACUAUUGGCGAUGAUUAUAUGGUUGUAUCAGGAGUACCCAGUCGCUUGUCAGGGAAUCGACAUGCUGCAGAGAUUGCCAACAUGGCUAUCGAUCUUUUAGAUGUAAUGAAAGACUUAAGAGCGCCACAUAAACCCGAAAUCAAGAUACAGUUACGCUCUGGGAUUCAUUCUGGUUCUGUAGCAGCUGGUGUAGUUGGUAGGAAAAUGCCACGCUAUUGCUUAUUCGGAGAUGCAGUCAAUAUUGCUUCUCGUAUGGAAUCAUUAGGAGAUGCUUCCAAAAUUCACUGUAGUGAGAGCACGUAUAACAUCUUAUCUAAUCAUGGCAUUUAUGAUUUCCAACCGAGAGGAGAAAUGAACGUAAAGGGCCUAGGGGUCAUGAGAACGUUUUGGCUUAUUGGAAAAAUAAUUACUUUUAAUACUGUGAUAAGUUGA